GAAGUUAACAAUUUGUCUUCACUACAAGAAGACAUCUCAAAAGUUCCAAAGUCUUGAUACUUCAGGACAAGGGUCCCUUUGGAUUCUUCUAACUUUUACAAGAGGACCCAUAAAAACAAAAAAGAGAAGAAAACCAACUCAUCCUAUAAUUAAUUUAAUUAAAGUUUACAUCUUUCCGGAAAGAGCUCCAACAAGUCAUUGAUAUUGGAUAGUGAUUGAUUCUUCUGCAGCCGUGUUCAACUUGAAUAAUAUACUAUAUUUGUGGCUGAUUUCCAUUUGCUAUACUAACUUCAGGACUCAAUAUUUAGAAAAAUAUUUAUACUGCAUUGAACUCUCUGGUCUAAUCCCAAAUCGGACAAAGAUUCUUGUGACAAAGUUUUGCUAGUUGUAUCAGACGAGAUGGCAGGUCCACAGUGUUGUUCAAACCCACCAGAUUUAAGCGCCAGUUCUGGAGGAGGCCGUGAAGAACACAUUGGAGGCCUCAGGAGUUAUGUUUCAGGCUCUGCUGAUUCCAAGAUUGCUGUUUUGCUUGUCUCUGAUGUAUUUGGGUAUGAGGCUCCAAAGUUGAGAAAGCUGGCGGACAAAGUCGCUGGAUUUGGAUUCUAUGCUGUAGUUCCAGAUUUUCUCCAGGGCGAUUAUGUGGAAUGGGGUGUGACGCCUAUUGAGGAGUGGUUGAAGAAACAUGGUCCAGAUCAAGCAUUCGAGCAUGCAAAACCAAUUAUUGAUGCUCUAAAAAGCAAAGGCAUCACUAAAGUGGGGGCUGUUGGCUUUUGUUGGGGAGCUAAGGUUGUUGUGGAACUAGCAAAGUAUGCCUACAUCAAUUCAGCAGUGCUCUGUCACCCUUCAUUUGUCACGAAGGAAGACAUUGAAGGUAUAGUUGUCUUUUCAGCUUCAUUUGUGGUAACGACAAUCAAUUCUUAUGGAGAUCAGUAUAUCUUCCUUCAUGCAUGGUAUUACUUGUCUCUACUAUGGAUGUCUUUUUCCAUUUAACCAUAAUUGCUGUAGCUUGUUAAAGCACAGCUGUCAGCUGCUUUGUCUGGUCAUUUAUCCAGAUGGUAGUUUAUCUUGAAUACAUAUUAGAUUUUGAGGCACGGUUGUCCGACUCUUACGACCUUUGGUUCUUGAAUUUCAUUAUUAAUUUACUUUCUGUUGUUUCUUCAGCUGUUAAGGUUCCAACUGCUAUAUUGGGAGCUGAGUUUGACCAGAAAUGGCCACCAGAAGUACUGAAAACAUUCGAGGAAGCGUUAAACGCAAAGCCUGAUGUAAGAAAUUAAGUCCUUAUGUCCAUUUUAAUAUCUGCCAUUAUGUCGAUGCUGUGCUAAUAGUUACUACCGAGUUUCUUGCAAUGAUAGUUACUACCUAGUUAUUACUCAUUGGAAUUUAUUCUGAUCUCCUCAUAGCUGAAAUUUUAUUUUUUUAAAAAAAUAAAUUUUCGAGCCCCUUCUACACGAUAAAGGAUGAUACUUGACUAUAGCUUGCCAAGUGACCAACAUUUUCGUUGUUUGGCAUGUUAAGCGAAAAGGCCUAAGCGGAUAGAAACUUUUUUUCAGGUUGAUGGUUUUGUGAAGAUAUUUCCAGGCGUUACUCAUGGAUGGACUGUCAGAUACAAGGAUGAAGAUGAAAAGGAAGUGAAGCUUGCAGAAGAGGCACACCAGGACCUGGUGAAUUGGUUUGUUAAGUACCUGAAGUGAAGUGUCAUGAAAAGACUGCAAGAAGCUAUUCCAUCUGUAACUUCUCCACCAGAAGGGGCUCCGUUUGGAGGAUGGUUAAUUUGGUUUACAUAGUUCCUUUCUUGAGAGUAUUUAAAUGGUGUACAUUGUUCAUUGGGGGAAGAAGCAGGGUUUUUUUUGGGAUGAGUUAGUGAAGUGAAUAAAUAAGUACUCUUUUCCAGAGUGAAUUGGCCAUGUACUAAAUGUAGAAUUUUACACAGAAGAUUACUGGGUGUAACUCCAGAUAAUUUCGAGCUUUUUCAUCCUAAUGUGCCAGAGCUCAACUUCAUUUUUGAUACCCUUUGAGUUUGACAUUGUUUAAAAUGCAACUUUUAUUGAAUUACAACUUCAAUAUCCCUAUUGAGAACUAUUGGUUUUGUAAGCUCAUACAGCUAAAUCAAAAUUUAUAAUUAUGGUGAAAUUCACUGUUCAGUCCUGAUGGUGAUCCGGCAUUAGCCUGACUAAUGUAAUUCUUCUGUAAUCUGUCUACUACAUCAACUGAGUACGAGGGAUGUAAUAUAAUAUGCC